GCAGGGCUUUUGCCGCGAAGUAAAAGCUUUCGCUAAAGUUAGGCUGUGAAAGCGUACAGAAGUUCUGUACGUGCUCUCACUGCACUGUAAAAUGCAACGCGUUCGCUGAGAUGAAUUAACGCCUACCAGGGAUCCAGCAAACAUCUGCUAACCCUGUCCCAUCCUUAUGGAUCCUGGUGAGAGUGAUCUUGAUUCAAGUUUUCCUCAGACAGAAAACCCCUGCCUCAUAGUUGAGGACUCCCAGCCUGACAGCGUGGCCCUGGAGGACGAUCCUGACACCAGCUACUGUGCCCUUCUCGCCCGCCGCCUCUCUAACCUGCAGCCCACAUCACAAAGCCCUGUGCUGGAGCUCAUUUCUUCCCCUACUAAAAGUCGUUGUUUGCAAAGUGACAGUCAGACUGAUAAGAGUGACACUACAGCCCACUCAGACAAUUCGCAGUCCGACCCGGGUUCAGCAGCUACAGAGCAUAGUCAAGUUUUUGAAGUUCACUCUUAUCCAGUCUCAAAACGAAGUGUUACAGAGCACAUGGAGUCUGAGGCUAACUCCACCACACACUGUACAGAGACACAUGAUGAGAUGUCUCAGUUCGGUUUCUUGGAGCUGUCGGAGAGCCAGGGAGUCUUUGAGGAAGAUGAGCAGGAUGGAGCUCCUGCAAAUAAAACAAACAUUCAGAAACCAGCCAGCCAAUGUGGAUUGAAGAGUUCUGAAAGAACAUCAUCCAAUCAAGAUGGAAAUUCUUCAGGGUCAGAGGUCAGUUCAAGCUGCUCUUCGAAGCCUCAGGAUGGGGAAAGCAGGAAGCUCAGUAUUCAGGCUAUACUGCACUCUCAAUUAUCUGACGGUCAAGAAGAUGAAGAAGAUGUGCUUGCUUCCUCUCAGGAUGACAUGUUUGAAAAGGAGAGAAAUAGCACCAAGGCAGACAGCAGUGUUACAGAGCUUGACAGAGAACACCGGCCGACAUCCACACCUGCACAUAGUCUUCGCUUGCUUCAUCUGUCUGGACAGGGCACACUUGUACAGGAGAGUCUUUCACAGCAAUCUGUUGACUUUGUGUCUGCCACUCAGGACAAUUUAAGCCAAACACCUUACAUUGUCCCAAAUUCACCCACAGAAAAAGAGCAGAAUUAUAAUGAAGCUGCUGCAUCCCCAAUGGACACAUCAGCACCCCCUGAGGUCCAGCCACCAGGGAGAGAGGAGGAGCCAAUGGACAUGGACCCCUGCCCCAAACCACAACCCACAGCCUCCACUCCAGUGUCCCAGAAUUCCCCUGGAUUUGUUCUAGAGAAAAGCCUCUCUGUCCCCAGCCAGCCUGAAUUCUCACAUGACGUGUUUAUUUCCACUCCAAGUCUUGAACCUGUGAACAAAAAUCAAGGGACUGAGAGCUCAAAGAAGUUGCCUCAUCAAAACAACCCAUCAGCAACCGAGUCAGGAUCGCCCAAGCAGACCGGCCCAGCGGAGCAGCUGAAAAAGUCUUCAAGGAGCGGUUCACAUACCUCUGAGGUGGCUGACUGCUUUCAGUUGGAGCUCGACAGUGAAAACAGCAGUUUUGCUCAGAAGACACAGUUGUUCGUUGUGGAGGAGGAUAGCCAAGCCACACAGAUCGUGGAAGAGGAAGGAACUGGUGGUGCAGACAAGAGCAACUCAAACCCUAAACACCAUUCACAAAAUGCAAGCAAGAAUGUUACGGACCCUGAGCCUGUUACAUCAUCAAAUUCACAAAGCCUUUCCAGGCUUGACUCAAAAUGUACAGAAGACUGUAACCCCUCUCAAAAGCUCUCACAGGUUGUUAAUGUAGGGAACCAGAACAUAAGCGCUUCUCCAGUUGCGACUCCUUCCCAGCUUGCCGGUGCAGAGUGUGUUUCAGACACCCCUAAUGCACCACAAACAAGUAAAACCACAGUCGCUGACUGUUCACAAGCCUCGCCAUCAGCUGACAGACCCAUAAGUCCUGUUCUUGUCCCCCAACAGUCUCUGUCUCAGUCAGUCUUAACUGUUUCGUCCCAAAAGAACACAGAGAAGGAAAAAGAAAGUGUUAGUCAAAGCCAGAGACUCAGUCAGCCCAUGACACACAGCCACAGUGUUGUUACAGACAGUGUUAGAAAUACCAAAGAGGAGAAGCGGAUGGAUGAAGGUGAGAUUCAGAGAGAGGUGACAGGUGAUGACACUGGGAUAAAGCUGGGCUUGUCUCAGAGCCAGGUGCUUUCUCCAGAACCCAUGGAGGAGGAGAAUGGAGAGGAAGAGAAGGAGAUAUCCCAACGUGAACCCAGCAGAGACGACCACACCAGUAAAGAGGAGAGCUUCAGUGUCAUGGUGCUAGAAGAGAGCCAGAGGGUCUCUCAAGAGAAAGUGAAGGAUGGGAGGUCACAGCCGUUCAUAAGCUCUUCGCAACCUGUGAGGGGCUCUGUGCAGGACAAACAUGAGGCCACGGCAAAGAUCUCAGGAUCUCAGCCGGCGGGAUCAACUGAGGUUUCACCUUUACAGCUCGAGAGAGCCAAGUCCAAGAGCACACAGCCCAGUGAUGCAGGACAGCACAAAAAAAACUCAGACAAUGCCGCCAACAAAAGUCUGAGCGACAGCUCUGGAGAGCUUCCGUUUCACUUUACAUUGCCCAAAGAGGGCGAACUGAUCCGCCCAGCAGUGAGUGCAACUCCUCCACAGAUUAGUCAGCUGAAAAAGACACCGAGACACAGCACUCCUAUUGAGAUGACCUCGUUCUCAGAGCCGUCGGAGGCCGACGUUACCAGGGAGACGACAAUGGCAGCCAGUGAGAUUUCGGUAGAGGAGAGCAGAGAGGGCGAAGAGCCAGCAGCAGUGGAGCAAGAUGGGAAACUGAGUCUCAGGAUGAAACUGGUGACACCGGUGGAGGAGGGCAGCUCGGGAUCAGAACAUUUCAGCCUGCAGAAACCACCAUUAACAGAUGAGGAAGGAUCUGUCUCCAAGGCUACCACUGUUGCCAUGGAUGUAACCAGUCCUUCUGUGUUCAGUCGUGUUCGGGAGGCCCACAGGCAGGUCCAGGUAGAGGAUGAUGAAGAGUCCAGUGAUCCUCCGCUCAGGCAAGCAAGCCAGCUGUUCAGGUCCCCCAACACUAAUUACUCAGGGCUGUCUCUCAAAUGCCCAAAAGAAACAGUGGACAGCAGAGCCUCAGGCCGAGUCACUGAAGCUGUACCUCUGCAUCCUGCUGGUGCGGGAGCAAACUCUGAACCUCUGGUCAGUGGUCUGCCCUCCCCUGCCAAAGAACAAGAGGUUCUCAGCAUUUCUGACAAACCUCGAACACCUGUCCGACAGAGAGCCGUGUCACAGCAAACUAGUGUGGAUAUCAGCUCGACCACCAGCCCACCCAGCAAAAGAGCUGUGUCUCAGCAGACUAGUUUUGAUCUGUCUGGACCACAUAACCUGUCUGGAAGGGGAGAACCAAGUACACCAACCAGAACCCAUCCAGGCCCAUCAUUGCGCAAACAUGUUCGCACCAUCCAGGAAGUCCGAACAACGGUCACUCGCAUCAUUACAGAUGUCUACUAUGAAGAUGGCAGAGAGGUUGACCGCAAGGUUACCCAUGAAUCAGAGGAACCCGUGGUGGAUCGCUGCAUCGUAGACAAUGACAUCUCACCCUCCCGCACAGGAAGCUCCAUGACAUCAGGAGACCUGGCUGAUGUCAGUUCACUCUCCUCGAAGGCCCCAUCACACCACAGCUCCAGUGGGACAAGCAGCACGGGCCUGGGUCCCAUCAGAAUGCCAGAUUUUCUAAUGCCCCCCAGCCGAGGGGCCAAGUCUGGCCGAGGUGGCAGAACCGGACUGAGAGGUGGUGCCCAUGGCCAGGGUGCAUCAUCCUCAGAAGAGGAGCACUUUGCCCAAAGGCAUGUCCAAGCACCGGGCAGCCCAGUAGAGCCCAGUGCUACAAGCCGCUCUGAAUCUCUCAACACCACCUCCCCAGAUAACAGCGCUGGGUCCAGCAGUUUUGUUGGGUUGCGUGUGCUGGCCAAGUGGUCAUCCAACUCGUAUUUCUAUUCUGGGAGUAUCACUCGAGACCUGGGAGAGAACCAUUUCCGCCUUCUGUUCGAUGACAACCAGGAGUGUGAAGUACAAGGAAAAGACAUCUUGCUCUGUGACCCCAUUCCUGUAGAGACGGAAGUCACUGCCUUAACCGAGGAGGAGUACUUUAAUAUAGGUGUGGUGAAGGGUCAUAAGACUCAAGGCUCUGAGUUUCUUUACUGUGUGGAGAAAGAUGGUCAGAGUAAUUGGUACAGCAGAACGUCUGUGAUUCUCAGCAUGGAGCAAGGCAACCGCCUGAGGGAGCAGUAUGGACUGGGACCCUAUGAACCAUCUACACCCCAAACCAUGGCCUCUGAUGUCAGCCUUGAUAACCUGGUAGAAGGAAAGCGGAGACGCCGAGGAAACUCCAGUGGAGCAGGGACCCCUACACGCAGCUCCAGCAACAGCCCAAGAAACCCAGGGCCUUCUGGGAAACGAAAGCUCAUCAGUGGUGCGGAGGAUGAGAGGACUCCUGCAAAGAGAGGACGCAGGGGGGGAGGGGCCAGAGUGGGACAGCGUAUCGCUGCUUGUAACACAUCUGGGAGCGGAGCAGACCUGCCCCCUGACCCUAAUGACCUGGUGGCAACACAUGGACCUUUGCCGGAAAACUCCUCUCUCUUUAUGGGGUUUGUCUUCAUGCUCACGGCAUCCUCAGAAAGCGACAGAGACUCCAACGACCAGCCCAGUGAUGAGGAUGAUGAGUAUGUUCAGAGAGCGCCAUACAACAAACACUAUACAGAGAGACAGCUAGAGGCAGGUGGAGGAAUGAUCCUGCUUGACUUUAAUGAGGAACAGUGUAAAGCAGCCUAUCAGAGCUUGCUGAUCGCCGACCAGCAUUGCCGGACCAGGAAGUACCUGCUGUGUGUGGCAGGUGGAGUUCCCUGCGUGUCUCAGAUAUGGGUGAGGGAUUGCUGCCAGGAGAAGAAGCUGCUCAACUACAGGAACUACCUACUUCCUGCCGGUCUGGGGCCAGAGGGACGCAUUGUGGAGUGGCAUCCUCGCUGUAAUCCUUUCAAAGCUCUGAAGGUGGUGCUCAUAUCAGAAGAUCGUGUGGAUUUGUGGAACUCUUUGCUUUCCAUGGGUGAUGCAGCAAAAGUUCAUCACUAUAAAGUAAAUGAAGACCUUUCUGACAUUCCAAAUGUGAAGUUUGACCUGGCAGUGACAGCAUCUGCAUGUCCAUCUGAGGAACUGAAACGUAUGGCCCCGGACAUGCCUGUUGUCUCUCUGGAGUGGCUGAUUCAGAGCUUGAUCUGUGGAAAGUGCCUCAGCUAUGACAGCAACUCUGAAUUCUGUCACAACCCUUCCACAUAAACCAUCAUUCCUCUGGUGUCUUCUCACAUGUCUUUUAAAUGUCCUCUGUGUUUUAGUGCAUGCAUUUUACUGUACAUAGUUUUUAUGAAAUAAAAAAAA